CGUCAUCAGCCUCGGUCGGAAUUGGCGGGUCGCAAAAUCUUUUGUCUGGCCGAGUAACCAGUCUAUUUCUGCAAAACCUUUUUCUUAAAAGCAUUUCAGUCGGCCCGAGGUGCUUUAAAAAAAACCCGCCCCAUAAAUUAGCACUCAUUCAGGGGUGUUGCUGUGCCAUUUUCCUUAACCGAUUCACAGCUCCUUUGACGUUGACAAGGAACCAGAAGGUUCCGCAGACUCUUCCUCGACGAGUAUGAGCCAACCAACAGACAACACUAGUGAUGCUGCAGCUGUCACCUCAGAACCUGUGCAGGCAGCUGUCAAACUGGCAUCCACCGGAGGAAAGAAGCAAACCAAGAAGAAGGUGGAGGAUGUGGUAGAAGAGGAAGAGGAAGAAUAUGUGGUGGAGAAAGUCCUGGACCGACGGGUGGUGAAGGGCCGAGUCGAUUACUUGCUCAAAUGGAAGGGCUUCACAGAUGAUGCUUUUAAUGUCCUAAUUAGUGAGGACAACACAUGGGAGCCCGAAGAUAACCUUGACUGCCCAGACUUAAUAGCAGAGUUCCUGCAGUCACAGAAGAAGGCUGGAGAUGAGAAAAAAGACCCAGGUGGCAAGAGAAAAGUGGGAGAGUCAGAUAAUGAGACAGGCAGUGAAGACAGGCCCAAGAAGAGGAAAGAUGAGGAGAAGCCACGGGGCUUUGCUCGGGGAUUGGAUCCUGAGCGCAUUAUUGGAGCUACAGAUUCCAGCGGAGAGCUGAUGUUCCUCAUGAAAUGGAAAAAUUCAGAUGAGGCAGAUCUUGUGCCAGCAAAGGAAGCUAAUGUAAAAUGCCCACAAGUAGUUAUUUCAUUCUAUGAGGAACGACUAACGUGGCAUUCGUACCCCAAUGAGGAAGAGGAGAAGAAAGAUGACAAAAACUAAAAAGCUAAAAUGCGCAACAGGGUGGUUAUUAACAGAAUGGCAGAAAUUGUUUUUCUUUCUUUCUUUUUUAAACUUUUAACUUUUGCCAUAAAUCUUGGACACUUUGGUAUUGUGUAGAAGACACAGAGUGGUGGGGGUUUCUGGAGAUUAAAUAUUCAAGAGUCGGUAUAGCAACUGCAGCAACACUUCCAUUUGAUUUGUCUUUCUCUCCCCCUCCUUUUUUUCUUUUUAGAUUUUUUGUUUGUUUGUUUGUUUGUGGGAAAUUUAGUCUACCAAGCUUCAAGUUAAAGUUCUAAGUCAGUGUUUGUCUCAGAUACGGUUUUAUGUAACUUGUAACUAACUUAUGUAUUGUGUUGUGAAACAUGUCCACUGGUAAUUUUAAGCAAGAAUAAACAAACAGUUCAUGAAUA